CCUCUUCCUGCUCAUAAUCACACACACACAUACACACACACACACACACACACACACACGCUCGGAUCUCUGCAGCACCAUGACCAAGUUUUGCAGUUUUGUGUUGUUUCUGUUCAUCCUGCGAAUGUCUGCAGUCAGAUCAGACGCACCGAUAAACUGUGUUUGGGGCCCGUGGUCGUCCUGGUCCCCCUGCGACGCCUGCACCAAAACACAGACUCAGAUCCGCUCUGUCUCAGUUUACUCACAGUUUGGUGGAUAUCCGUGUUCAGGGCCCUCGAGCCGCACACAAACCUGUGAAACAACUCAAGGCUGCCCCCUAGAGGAGGGAUGUGGAACUCGCUUCCGCUGUCAAUCUGGGAAGUGUGUCAGUCAGACUUUGGUGUGUAACGGCGAUCACGACUGUGAGGACGGAUCAGAUGAAUGGAGAUGUGACAGCCAGCAUGUGUGUGACCUACAGAGACCUCCACCACAGAUAGAAGCCUCUGGACUCGGGUAUGAUGCAGUGAAGGAGGUGUUCAGAGGGAGUGUAAUAAACACUCAGGUUUUUGGAGGUCAGUGUAGAAAAAUCUUCAGUGGAGAUCAUCAGAACUUUUACAGACUUCCACAGAGCGCCCUCGGUUACUCCUUCCAGGUCACAGCUAAGAGUGAUUUCUCGAGCGAGUUCUAUGAAAGCUCGUGGCACUACGUGAAGAGAAUCGAGAACCGCGAGACGACGACGGGGACGACGAGUGGACACGAUCACUUCACCUCCACCCAGGAGCUGCAGAAGAUACAGUCGAAGCAGCUGGUGGAGAUCAGCAGCGAUGUGGAAGUGGCUCGUGUUCAGAACCAGCUGCCGCAGUACCUCCCUGUCUCUGAGGACUUCUGGCGAGCUCUGACCUCACUUCCUGUAGUGUACGACUUCUCCGCCUACCGCCAGCUGCUGCAGCGGUUCGGGACUCACUACGUGUCUGAGGGAACGUUAGGAGGACGGUUCAGAGCGCUGCUGUUCCUCAGCCGAGACUUUAUCGAGAGUCAGAAACGUGAUGUGUGGGAUUUUCAUGAGUGUGUUAAGAAGACACACACUGUCUUCUUCUUCAUCACUUGGACGACUGAAAAGUGCAGAAGUUAUUUUAAUGAAAUAAUAAACAACUUCAAGAAUGAUAACGCAAAGAAACUGAAGGAGGCGAGAGCGACCGGAGGAGACAGUGGCUACAUCUCCAAACUUAACGCGAUGGAUGUUAAUAACGCAGCAGAAAACUCGAACACGUUCUCCAAGUGGGCCGGUUCCGUGAAGAACUUUCCUGUUCUCAUCAGCUACAAGACACGGCCGGUGUAUGAGUUGGUGAAGGAAGUAUCGUGCUCUGACGUGAAGAAGCUUCAUCUGAAGCGAGCGACAGAAGCGUACCUGAGGGAAAGAGACUCGUGUCGCUGCCGUCCCUGCAGGAAUAACGGUCUCUCCGUGCUGAAGGAUGGCGAGUGUGUGUGUGUGUGUAAACUGGGAACGGAGGGACUCGCAUGUGAACACGGCGCACCAGUGAAUGAACAACCAGGUGUGACUGAUGGAGGUUGGUCCUGCUGGUCAGAGUGGAGUUCCUGUUCUGAAGGGCGUCGCAGUCGGACGCGAUCCUGCACACGUCCUGAACCACGCAAUGGAAAAAACUGCAUCGGAAGCGCAGCAGAAACGUUGAGCUGUGAUGAGGAACAGGAGCUGGAGUAUCUACGUACGAUCCAGCCUCACUGCUUCGAUCAAAGUCUGGAGCCGACAAAGAGCUGCAGAAAUCCUCCUGCUCUGCUCAACGGCUUCGUACUGGACCCCAGAGACUUUUAUGCAAUCGGCAGUAAAAUCGAAUAUUCGUGUAUUGACGGUUAUCAUCUGAUUGGAAAUCCCAUCGCUGAAUGUACAGAGGAUGAAAGCUGGAGGAAAUUCACGAUGGCGUGCAAACGUACGACAUGUGCUCCUCCUCUCCUCUCCCCGGAUGUGAUUCCCAGUCUGUGGAAAACGAGCUAUAAGAUCGGAGACUCCGUCCGGCUGAGCUGUACAGACGCGAGACAGAGAACCGGCCCUGAGGAGAUUCUGUGUACCUCGGGUUUGUCCUGGUCACCUGAACCCAAAGACACAAAAUGUGCUACAGCCACUGCACCUCCAGCUCAGCUGCAGUGUGAGCCCUGGGAGAACCGAGCCCAAGAUAAAUGCGUUUGUAAAGUUCCCUAUCAGUGCGAGCCAUCUCUGGAGGUGUGUGUACGCAGUAUCGAGCGAAAUCGGAUCAGCAGACAGAGUGUGUGUAAAGCUCGGGCUAUGCAGUGUUUGGGUCAUCAGUAUACAGUAGCUGAACACAGCGCCUGCCAGUGGCCGGACUCCGUCACUGCAGCGUGUCCUCAGUGCUCCCUCUGGACCACGUGUGAUGAACAAACGAACACGUGCGGCUGCAAAACCUUGGACGAGUGUAUUCCAUCAUCUCGCUGGAUCAACAUAUGUGUGCGUUUUACCGAAGACUCAGAGGUGUCCACGGUAACGGAGUGUGAGGUGGGGGUACGACGUUGCCGAGGGGAAACUCCUCAAAUACUUAAACUGCAAGCCUGUGAGGCGUGAUCUCAUUAAUAUUUUAAAAAACCUUUACAUUUACUGCAUCUUCACCUCUGAUUCAUAUAUAAUGACUCACCACUGAAGAACUAUAAAUGUUUAAAUCUGAAUUUGUUUUUACUUUUAAUACUAUUUACUUUUUACUAUUUUACUAUAAAUAAUUAAAAUGAUCAUCUCUACUUGUUGUCUUAGUGAUGACUUUAUUGCUUUGGAAUGAAAACUCGACACGUUACUUCAGUAUUUAUAAUGCAGAGUGAAACACAUUCAUGUUUUUAUAGUGAGUUCAGUUCAGUAGUGAAUUCUCUACAGGUCCUCAUCCUUUAGCUGCUUCAGGAACCAACAAAUUCACAAUUCUGUCUAUAUGCUUCACAUCCAUAAGGAAGACGAGUAAAUUAUGGUGAUCAGUGUCGUUACUGUUCAGUACGAGUUCUCUGUAAUGCUUUUUGGAUUAAAUAACGCUCCAGACGCAUUCCAAA